CACCUUGUUUGUGGAGAGAACUAGAAAGAGCUCGAGAAAGAGUGAGAAAAAUGGAUCAUAGCACUCAGCAGGAUAGCGUUGAAGAACAGGUGAAGAAAAAGCCUUUGAAAGAAGAAGUUCAUGAAAAGGUCCCUGCUCCAGUCCCACUUCCUGAAUUAUUUCCAGAACUGGAUGAAAAAGAGUAUGAGACAAAGCUAUCUAAAGUUAAUGUUGAAGACAUCGUUAAAGGUAUUCGUAUUCUGCUGAUGACUGCCACUGAUGUAGAGCUAAGAGGAGUGCUGGGCUACUUGAAGCCGUUAGAUGGUCGGGAUAAAGUUAUCAAAAAAUUCAUUAACACCGUUUAUAUCUACAUUGGAAAAUAUGGGAAGUAUAGAGUUGUGGUUGGAAAGAGUGCAGAUAGUAAAGGUCAACAAGGUGGUUUAAAUGCUUUUAUAAUCACAAAUAAGAUAAUGGAGAUACCAGAAUUUAAGCCAAGAUAUAUAAUUGCAGUUGGAAUCUGCUUUGGAAUGGAUCGAAGCAAAGUGCAACUUGGCGACGUCAUUGUUUCUAACAUGAUUGUGGAUUUAAAUAACUUUAAGAUGGUAAACGGGAGUUUUGACAUUCGUGGACCUCAACCUGGAGCAGGAAAUAUUCUUUUACGCUCCUUUAAGAACACUUCUAAAUUUGAAAAAAAGCAUUCUGAUAAAGAAAAUGCCAAAGAGGUCAAAGUUCAUUGCAGUCCCAUUGUUUCUACUUCUGCUUUGGUCAAUGAUGAAGAUUUUAAAGAAGAUUUAAGAAAAGUACGUUCUGAUGCUCUUGGUGGGGAAAUGGAAGGAACUGGAAUAUUUCGUGCUGCUAGUGAAGCUGAUCAUAAAGUAGAAGCUAUUGUUAUUAAAGCUGUUGGUGAUUGGGGUGAUGGGAAGAAAGAUGAAUACCGAGGUUGGAAGGAUUUUGCAUCUCAUACAGCUGCUACGUAUGUUCAUCAUAUAUUGAAUGAUGAUCUAAAGUAGUGGUGUGCUAUUAUUAUUAUUAAAUAUUUAAUUAAUUUUUGCAUUUUUGAUGAUGAUUGUGCAAAUGAUCUGUAGUAUGAACUAGAGUGAAUUUUUUUAUCAUUGUGAAAAUUAAUUAGUUUUUGCAUUUAAAAAAUUUAGUCUGUUAGAUGCCAUCAUAA